UGUCUAUACCAUCAAACUAGUGUAAUUUCGGUAAAGGAAAAACUGUCCAUCUGUAGCAAAAAAUGGCUCUUAAUCAAUUUAUUUACAGUUAAAAUAGUAUAAAUGGCACUUAAACCCAAUUGCAUAACAACAUAGGGAAACCUCCACUUUAGAGAUCUCAAAAAGGAGUCGAAUAACUUCUCCAUUUUGGUCUCUUCAAAGCCAACAUAGUUGAAAUGCAGAUUAAAAUGAUAUAUCGAUUUCUUUUAACAUUUGAAUUUUUAGACAAUUGAAGAACCGCCCAGCCUUCAGGUCGGUGCCUAUCUGCCUGAACCUGGUGAACUGGUGUUUCCAUGUGUCCGUGCGACACCACCACCAUCGAUCAUCACUUGUCUCAUGCACCCCCAAAACAAUCCCUUGAAACAGCAUGCAUGCACACCGCGUGCAUUUUUCUCUCUAGAAGUUUAUUUUGCCGGUACGCAUUUUGUUCAUCGCUGCACCACAUUAGAGCUCGAAAUUAAUCUUUUAGAAUAUGUUGUACAGUUGUAGGUAAGAUUAAGACGGCCAGAGUUAGAAAUGCGUCGUGUCUCGUCUCGGCAAUUCAUGCCAUCUUCGUGUUGCUCGCAACACCCGUCCAUGGAACUAACCACGGAACAAACUCACAGAUGGUUGAGACCUUGACUAUAAAUAGAUGCAUCAGUGAGCAUCUCUGAGCCCAUCCAAGACUCGCAAGCCAAACUCACUAAUCAUACACGUACGUGCUUAGCUUAAGCCCUUCCGGCGAAGUCAAGUGCAAUGGCGUCGUCCAGCAAGCCCUGCGCCGCCUCCGUCCUCCUCCUGCUGCUGGCCCUCGCCGUCGCCACGGCGGCCGACGCGGCGAAGAAGAGCAUCGCGUCGGAGCCCAAGCACAUCUUCUCGAGGCCGUCGGGACCCAUCAUCUCGAGGCCGGCGGCGAAGGACAUCAUCGCGUCGGAGCCCACCAUCCCGAGGCCGGCGGCGGUGGACGUGUCGGCGACGUGCAUGGGGUCGCUGCUGGAGCUGAGCCCGUGCCUGGCCUUCUUCAGGGACGCGGGCACGUCCAAGGCGCCGGCGGGGUGCUGCAAGGGCCUGGGCACCAUCGUCCGAGACCAGCCGACGUGCCUGUGCCACAUCUUCAACCACACCCUGGAGCGGGCCAUCGGCGUCGGCAUCCCCGUCAACCGCGCGCUCGCCCUCAUCCGCGACGUCUGCGGCCUCACGCCGCCCAAGGUUGCCAGCUGCGCCAACGCCGGCGCCGUGCCGCCGCUGUACGUGUGCCCGGCGCCAUCGGCCUGAUCUCUGCCUAUCCAGGUGAUCAAACCGGCCGCAUCAUCACUAGGAGCUUCGAUUCCGUGCAACACAGAGCUAGGCUCCUAACUUAUUCACUGUUUUUCCUUUGUAUUUUUCGUGCAGGAGGAGAUGCGUGAGUAAAAGAUGGCAGCGCCUCUUCCAAGUCGACCAAGGACGAUGCAUGCAUAAGAAUGCAGCUUAUUACAGAUACUCUCCAUACUAAUUGGAGUUUCGAAUUAACGACACAUGCCAU